CGCUGGAAUCACACCACAUAAACGUUCGGCGGCUGGCAGAGCGGUGGCGGCUAGGACACCGACUGAAUGGUAAAAGGGCUCAAACAUUGACUUUUACAGCGGAAUGUUUACUCGAAGGGGUUAUGGAGACGUCAAGAAAUCUACACAGAAAGUUCUGGACCCAAAGAAGGAUGUUUUAACCCGCUUGAAGCAUCUCCGGUCGCUCUUAGAUAUUACUGAAAGACAAGAACUGAAGACUUUUUUUGAGACCAACUGCUCGCAGAUUUAUUUUAUCUUCUAUGAAAAUUUUGUUACACUGGAAAGUAACUUGAAACAAAAAGGGAACAAAUCUCAUCGGGAGGAGCUGGACUCCAUCCUCUUUAUUUUUGAAAAAAUACUUCAACUGCUACCAGAGAAAAUCAACAGUCGAUGGCAGUUCCACAGUAUAGGUUCUAUUCUAAAGAAACUUUUACACACUGCCAAUUCUUUCAAGAUCCGCUGCGAGGGCAUGCGGCUGUUCCUGCUGUGGCUACAGGCUCUGCAGACAAACUGUGCUGAAGAGCAGUUGCUCAUCUUUGCUUGCCUGGUGCCAGGUUUCCCCGCAGUUCCCUCUUCCAGAGGUCCCUGCACCCUAGACACCAUCAUCUAUAGCCCCUUCUCCAAUCCUCCUGAUGCCAAGAUUGUACCCGAGGAGAUUACCCCUCUGGUGCCUGCUGUUCCUGGGGAGAAGGCUGUAGAUGAUCAGACUUGCUACAUUCUUCAAACUGUGCUGAAGUUCAUGGUGGUCCAGGCAUCCAGCCUGGAAUGGUACAAGAAAGACAGACAGGACUCGGGCUUCCGGUUUCUCUUUGCCCUCUUUAAGAAGUACUACCUGCCACACCUCUUUCCUUCUUUCACCAAGCUCACCAACCUCUAUAAGCCAUUGUUGGACCUCCCCCACCACAGACCGAAACCUCUAUAUGUGCCGGUAUCCCGCAACAGCGAGAGCACGUUCUGCACACGUGACCAGUACUUAGCCCCCCGUGUAGCCUUCAUCACCUGGCUGGUCAAUUUCUUCCUGGAGAAGAAGUAUGUGAGCUCAGCUACAAUCAGCACCAAGAAUGGAGGAGAAGUUCUUCCCAAGAUCAUCCAGACUGUAACUGCAGGCAGUAGCAGUCAGGAGAAGAGUAGCGAGUCGGAGCCCAAUGGGCCGGUGGAGCAGGAGAAAAAUCACUCGAACAGCAGCACACUGUCUGACCGCAGAGGCAGCAACUCCAGUCUGUGUAGCAUUGAGGAGGAGCAUCGCUCCGUUUAUGACAUGGUGCAGUGCAUUCUGCUCUCGACACGAGACAACGUCAACUUUGUCAACGAGGUCUUCCACCAGGCCUUCCUGUUGCCAUCCUGUGAGGCGUCAGCCACCCGUAAGGUGAUUAAAGUGUACAGGAAAUGGAUUCUGCAGGAGAAGCCCAUCUUCAUGACAGAGCCUGAGAAGACAGAUCAUGAUGAGGAGACAGAAGAGGCACAACAACCUGUUGAGAUUGACUGUACACUCCACUCACAGGAGAGCCACGGGCACAAGAGGUCAUCCAGCUGGGGACGAACUUACUCCUUCAGCAGUGCCAUCAGCAGAGGCUGUCUAACUGAGCAGCAGAACCAUGAUGUGAAAGCUGGCAUUCAGUCUACCCUUCAGGUUUUUCUGACAAACUCUUCUAACGUGUUCCUGUUGGAGCCUUGUCACGAUGUGCCCAAACUGCUUGAGAACCAAGUGGACGUGUGCAGGGCCGUGCUGAGUAUCUACCGGCAUAUGAUUAUGGAGCACAACAUGAAUCGACAAACCUGGGAACAGAUGCUGCAGGUACUACUGAGAAUCACUGAGGCAGUCAUGAAGAGGCCACAAGGUGACCAAAGAAAAGAUGCUUUUGCCCAGAGCCUGGCUAGUGUCCUGUUCAGAACCAUCAUUGUGGCUUGGGUGCGGGCCAAUCUCAGUGUGUUCAUCUCUCGUGAGCUGUGGGACGACCUGCUGGCAGUGCUGUCCUCUCUCAGCCACUGGGAGGAGCUGGUGAUCGAGUGGGCCAGCAUUAUGGACUCCCUGACCGUUGUGCUGGCCCGUUACGUCUAUGGCCUGGACCUCAACAACCUUCCACUUGACAAGCUCUCUGAGCAAAAAGAAAAGAAACAGCGGGGCCGAGGAGUGAUGCAGGACUCUCAGAAAUCAUCAGUGGUAUCGAGGUCCUUCUCUCUGAGCUGGAGGAAUGCAGGAGAGCAACCUGGCACUCAGGAGCCCAUGCGCAUUCGCAGUGCCACCACUACCGGAGCUCCUGCUGUAGAGAAGGCUCGCAAUAACGUCCGACAGAAAGCAUCAGACGUUGAAGAAUGUCAGUUGUCUGAAUGUGGAGGAGAAGGAGAGAUGGGAGAGGGAGACAGUCUCCUCCCUCGUAGCAGCAGCACUUCAGAUAUUACCCAACAACUCUCAGACGCCUUCCCAGGUCAAAACAGGGAGGAUUCUCCAAAUGCAAGCUACUCUGAUGGCAAAUCCUGGAUAUGUGACAACAGCUCUGUAGGCAAGAAGGAAACACCCAUGAUUUUGGUUCGACGGAGCAGCAGUCCAGGAGAUAUUGACUACCCAGGAGAUGCAGGGUCUGUAAAUACAAAGACAAAGAUCCGGGAAAAGAGCGAGAGUGUGAGCAGCGAGACCUCAAACUCCUACCUCAAUGAUGCUGAUGUAAAUCUCCUGGCGUGGCAGGCCGUGGAGGAGGAGCAAGACUGUUCCUCUGCCAAUGAUGUCACUGUGAGCGUUAACAUGGGAAUGACCACUGAUACAGAGAGCCAGAGGAGUCUCUUACUGAGUCAGAGUGAGGCACUGGCAGGUUCUGAGUGUGUCCACUUGCUCCACUCUGCCCAUCUGUCCCCAUGUCCCCCCGUUUCUCCCACCCUGCUCCUGCCCCAGGGCUACAGUGACGGCUCUCAGCUCCUGGAGGACGCCAUGCACAUGCCUCAUGAUCUGGACAGCAGCGAGUUUCUGGCUGAUGACAUCAGCAUCAUCGCCGGUGGCUGUUUGACUGGCUGGCAUGCUGAUUCUGCCUUUGUACUCUGGAGGAGGAUUCUAGGCAUUCUGGGGGAUGUAAACAACAUCCGGUGCCCUCAAAUCCAUGCCAAGGUCUUCAGCUACCUGUAUGAGCUCUGGCACAAGUUGGCCAAGAUAAGAGAUAACCUGGGGAUCAAUGUGGAUAACCAGUCAGCUCUGCCCAAAACCCUGUUCAUUCCUCCGCUUCGAAUGUUGGCUUCCUGGCUCUUCAAGGCCACCAUGCUGCCCGCAGAGUUUAAGAGCGGGAAACUGCAGGCUUAUAGGCUGAUCUGUGAGAUGAUGACUAAACAUCAGGAUGUGCCACCCAACAGCGACUUCCUGGUGCAUCUCUAUCACGUCAUGCACAAGGGCUUCACCAGUGAUGACCAGGAUGUGCUGAACACAAUGAUCAAGUGGUGCUCACCACGUUUCUUCUUCCUUGGCAUGCCAGGCUUCAGCAUGUUGGUCAGGGACUUCAUCACUGCUGCUGCUCGUGUCCUCAACUCAGACAACUCUGAGUCUCCUAGGAUUGAAGCUCAGACAGUGCUUGGCUCUCUGGUCUGCUUCCCCAGCCUGUACCAGCAGAUACCUUCACUGCAGUCUGCACCAAAAUCUCAGGAUAUUAUGGUUGGCAAAGACGACUUGAAGGACUACCUUGUAAAAGUCCUGCUGAAGACAGCACGUAACGAGCCAAAUGAAGGGGCCAGGUGUGUUGCUAUCUGCAGUCUGGGUCUCUGGGUGUGUGAGGAGCUGGGGCAGCAGAAGAUACACCAGCAAGUAAAUGAUGCGAUUAACGUGCUCGGUGUCACUUUAAAGUUUGGCAAUAAGGUUGUGGCCCAUGCAGCCUGUGACAUCUUCCAGCUGCUGAUCUGUCACUGGCAGCACCUGCAGAAACUGGAGCAGUCUCUCCCUAAAAGAAUAAUUGAAAUCUUUGUAGCAACGAUUGCAUUCCUUCUGCCCAGUGCCGAGCACUCUACAGUAGAGGCAGAUAAAAAAUUAAUGGUAUCCUUGCUGCUCUGCCUGCUUGACUGGUGCAUGGCUGUCCCUCUGUCCAUCUUACUGGAGCCCAUCACCAUGCCUAUGCUGGAUGACCCUGCAUCUCACAAAACGCCUCUUCUGGACUACAUAUACAGGGUGCUCCACUGUUGUGUAUCCGGCUCGAACCUGCACACCCAGCAGAGCCACUACCUCCUGAAUCUGGCAGACCUGUCUACAGAUUAUGACCCUUUCCUGACACUAGGCCACGUCAAGAACUCUGAGCCACCACCUAUGCACAAUAGCACAGGGGAAUUUGGCAACCUUCUCACCGUGGCUGAAGAAAAGAAACGAAGGAACAUGGAGUUGAUUCCUCUGACAGCUAGAAUGAUGAUGACGCACCUAGUCAACCAUUUGGGCCACCAACCCCUCAAUGGCGGCCCUGCACUACUGCACAGCAUGGUUACCGAAAACCAUGACAACCCCUACGUGGAGUCGUCUGAACUCUCCUCAGAGGUCUUCAAGAGUCCCAACCUACAACUCUUUGUCUUCAACGACAGCACACUCGUGUCUUACCUGCAGAUUCCCUCAGAUCCCAUGUCCCUCUCAAACGCAAACUCCAAAGAGAACUCGUCUGAGGUGCGAGUGAUUGUGCGGGACAUUUCUGGGAAAUACUCGUGGGAUGGCAGUGUCCUUUACAAGACAUUAGACAGGACAAACUUGCACUGUAGCAGCAGCACUGGGGAUGAGCCUUCACACCAUCACACUAACUAUUCGUCCACUUCCUCCAAGCAGACUUCAUCUCAUGCUAGUAGAUGCUCAUCAGAGCUGGAGGUUGAGGAGAGUGUAGAUGUGUUGGACCAGCUUCUAGAGGAGUUGGGCCACAGCAGUCCUGAAUGCCUGCCUCAGCCUCAGCAGAGACUCACGCAGCCAGCUCCAGUACCUGUGGGUAUGAACCCAGAGAUAGAGAGUGCCAUCAUGGAGGCCAUUUACAGACAAGUGCAGCAGGAGGAGGAGGAACUUACCUGCAGAAGAAAUGAAGACCCCAGUGUCAGAGCAGCCAGUCAGAGUGAGCCCACUCACCAGGAGCCCAACGCACCAUUUUAUUUCUGUCGCCUUCUGCUCAAUGAGCUUGGCAUGAACUCCUGGGACCGCAGAAAAAGCUUUCAUCUCCUGAAGAAGAACUCAAAGCUCUUAAGAGAACUGAAGAAUUUGGAUUCAAGGCAGUGUCGAGAGACGCACAAAAUUGCCGUGUUCUAUAUUGGUGAAGGCCAGGAGGAUAAGUACUCUAUAUUAUCCAAUACUGAGGGCAGCCAAGCGUAUGAGGACUUUGUCUCUGGACUUGGAUGGGAGGUGGACCUGGCUACUCACUGUGGGUUCAUGGGAGGUUUGCAGAGGAACGGCAGCACGGGCAACACUGCACCAUACUACGCUACCUCAAAUGUGGAGGUCAUCUUUCAUGUGUCUACACGUAUGCCCUCUGACUCAGAUGACUCUAUCACAAAAAAGCUUCGUCAUCUGGGAAAUGAUGAAGUGCACAUUGUGUGGUCAGAGCACACACGAGACUACCGGCGGGGCAUCGUUCCUACUGACUUUGGAGAUGUGCUCAUCAUCAUCUACCCCAUGAAGAACCACAUGUUUUUUAUUCAGAUCAUUAAGAAACCACAGGUCCCUUUCUUUGGCCCUCUGUUUGAUGGAGCAAUCGUUACAGGGACUCUGCUGCCGAGUCUCGUGCGGUCCACAUGCAUCAACGCCAGCAGGGCUGUGAAGUCUCGACUGACACUCUACCAGAGCUUCUAUGAAGAGCGGGCUCUCUAUCUGGAGGCCAUCAUUCUGAACCACAAGGAAAACCUGACAUUUGAGGAUUUUGCUGCCCAGGUCUUCUCACCCACCCCCACCUAUUAUCCAAUGAGUGCAACAGGCUCCCUCACUGGCAGCACGAGCGCUGAGCUAAGUGUUACUGUGACGACCAGCGAGUCCACCGAGCAAGCUUCACCCACCCUGCCACGCGCCUCCAAGAACCGGGUUUCAGGAAAACUCCGGCGCUCAGCCAGCGCCAUCAGCAAGUCCUCUACCUGAGCUCCUCUAUUCACAAAUAAGCACUUCAUCAACCCUCUUCAGACUGCAAAGAACUUUAAAACUGUGCUGUAUGUGUGGGUGCGUGUGUAUGGCUGCGAGUGGUGGUGGUGUUUUCACUUCUAACUGGAUUUGUUUGUUUCAUUUCGGUAGCACUGGGAGCUGAGACAAUGUCACAUUAGUGCAAUGCUUGUCGAAGGUUGAGUGGGAUCUGUGUGUGGCGUCCCAUUUUUGCUGGAGUAAAUUUUAAACAGAUAUCUGUGAAUGUUGACCAUAAUGCACAUAACGUAAACUUCAAAACAGAAGUUUGUAACAUCAUCGGUCUGAAACGUACUGAACUGCGGGACAUAAAGGUAGAAAUGGGUUUCUCCAGACUGUGGGAAACGAGGCAGCUUUUUCCUAAAAUUUCUGUGAUGUGACCUUAGACAAUACCAUAUGUGAAUCUCCAUUAGCCUGAAGCCCCUAAUAUCUUAAACACUGAAAGAAUGAGAAGUUACAAAGCCAUUAAGAGGAGGAUCGUGAAUGUGUGCAGAUCACUUUGGUCUUUUGUGGUUCUCCACUGACCAUGCAGUCCUUUUCUUUAGAAAGAAAACGGGGACAUUUGUCGUAAGGUGUUUAACAGCACUCUCAUGCUAAAGAGGUCCUUUAUAAGAACUGCAUCAAAUUUUCAUAUCUCAAGUUUCAAACUUUCUUUAUUCUUUAGUGAAAAUGGCCUACUUUAUCUGAGUGGACAGCCUGUGUGAUCUUUUUAAGAUGGGAUGACCUUGGAAUGGCUUUUGUUUUGUCUGUCUGUUUGUACUUUUUAAAUUAUUGGUAUAACAUUAUUGGUUUUAUGUCUGAUUUAUGUAAUCAUUGCUCUUCUCCAACUAUAAUUGUGUUUGUGUAUUUGUUCUAAUGACUGUUCAUAAUCUAUAAAUUAAGUCCUGUUUUGGUCAUUUAAUGCUACUAUGACAUUCCAAUAUUUCAUACAGAGGUGUUAUUGCACUCACAGGUGGUCUUGCUUUUUUUUUCUCUUUAAGCCCUAGAUGUACAUAUCUUUUGAAUUUUUAUUUGCUGUGUGUUUUGUUUCAUAUUGUUUAAACAGCAUGAUGUCCACCAUUAGAAUUAUCAUCUAUUCCUGACCACAUGCUAAAUUGCCACCAGAGCCUCAGGUGAAUCUUAACUCCAUGCACUAGUGUGUGUGUGUGUGUGUGUGUGUGUGUGUGUGAGAGAGAGAGAGAGUGGGGUGCAUGUUUGAAGGGGUGGGGUUUGGACAACUUUUGAAAGCUUACACAGUGCCUGUGUGAUUACCUGUUCAUGUUUCUCCUCACUACAAGUUGUGAUCACGCUCUCUUCCUCACCUCGCUGUUCUGACACCUUUUGUCUUUCCUGUUUUGGGAGAAGUUGUUGAGUUUGAUUCUUCUCUGUAGCUAUGGAACAGAGGGUUUUGGGGUUCAUCCUAUACAUUUCAUUGCUUUGUAAGAGCUUCUUUCUUCUGAUUGGAUACUGACUGGCAGUCCUCCUCCACCUGCUCUGCUUCAUUCCCCUGUGCCACUCGGAGUCCCUUUUACCAUACCAGCAGGGAAAUAGGACACAUGGUAGCACCUCUGUCUCCCCCCCCCCACACACACACACACUUUUUUUUUUUUCUUUCUUUCUUUCCAUACCCCCAAAAAUCCUCCCUCUCUCUAUAGCAGGCGGUACCCUGGUGCUGCCAACUUCAUGAGACCUACCCUCUGUUCCCCUAGUUACCCUAGCAGAGUUGCCAUGGAGGCCAGGUAAGCCCCGCCCAAGCUGCAGCAGGACACAUGCUGCACUACUUUGCCUUACCUGUACACCAUUCUGUUGUUUUUUUCUUUACUCACUUGUUCUGAUACUUUUCCCCCUCCUACAAGCACUGAUAAGGAACAUAGGAGAUCUUUAAUUUUGAAUGAAGAAUACUGUGGAAUGUAUACAAACUACGGCCCUCGUCCAAGUCACGAACACACCUGGCCAUUUGAGGUUUCUCAGAACUAUGAGCGCUGCCUCGUGUGAUCAGCCUUAUAGUGCACACACUCUUAUUUCCUGUAGGUUUGGUAUGGUUACUAUGUAGGCUUCAUUGGUGUUUGGUUUUAAGGUGCUGAUGUGGUUUGUGCCAGAGAUCUGUCCUACUGCAGCUGGCCUAAUUUAAGUGAAGUGUCAUCUGUGUUUAUGCUACAUUUAGUUGUUGUUCUUGUACAUUGUGUCCUUUGUGAGGGCUUCAAAUCCUGAAGGAUAUAAAUAUAUUAAUGCCUGUAAUAUAAUCUUUGUAAAAAAAAAAAAUCUUGAUUUCAUCAUGACUUGUUAACAUAUCAGACUGUUUUUAAUGGAAAAUAAUCAUUCUAUCUUUACUAGGAAAGUGAAAUCAGAACAUUUCAUUAAAUCAGAAUGAGAUUUACAAAUGAGUGUAUUUAUUC